AUGGUGUUUACACCAUUUACUGGUGUCAAUAACCAUAAAAAGUCUAUUACUUUUGGGGCUGAGUUGUUGACAAAAGAGGAUAUUGAGUCAUAUGUGUGGUUGUUUGAGAAAUUUAAGGAAGCGAUGGGUACUGAGCCAGUAUUGGUUGUUAUUGAUCAAGAUCCAGCAAUGAGGGUUGCAUUUCCACGUGUGUUCAAGGAAGCUAAGCAUAGGUUUUGCAUGUGGCACAUUAUGUCUAAGGUAGGAGAUAAGGUUGGCCCUUCAUUGAGUAAAAAUGAGACUUUUAGGUCAAAGUUGAAUUCUGUUGUAUGGAGUCAUUAUUUGGAACCAGCUGAAUUUGAUUAUCAAUGGAAUGUUGUCAUGGAGGAGUUUGGGUUGUUGGAGCAUAGUUGGUUUGUCAAGAUGUAUGAUCUUCGUCAUCUUUGGAUUCCUGCAUACUUUAGUGAUGUUAGUAUGAAUGGUUUAAUUAGGACUACAUCUCGGUCGGAGAGUGAGAAUAGUUUCUUUGGUUCUUUUACUACUCCUCAGUCCAACUUGGUUGAAUUUUUUAUGCAUUUUGAUCGUGCGAUUGAUAGUCAACGCUAUUCUAUUAAUAAACUCAACAGUGACUCGGUGGCAUGCUUUCCAGAUUUGAAGACACCACUGUCUAUGGAGAAACAUGCUACAUAUGUGUAUACUCUUACAGUUUUUUAUUUGGUGCAAGCUGAGAUUUGUGCAACAUGUUUUAGAUGUCGAGUUCUAAAUGUUCGAGAUGACCAAGGGGUCUUGUAUUAUGAUAUUAAAGACGAAAAUGACCGAGUGUUUAGGGCGGUGCAUAAUGUUGCUGAAGUAAAAUCUUCAUGUGGAUGUAAACCGUUUGAAAGGGUAGGGUUGCUUUGUAGGCAUAUUUUUGUAGUUUUCAAAGAUUUGAACUUGGAUUCAAUUCCAUUGGUCUAUGUAGUUAACCGGUGGACCAAGAGUGCAUCAUUAGGUCAAACUUUUGAUAUUGAUGGUGUUGUUGUUGAUCAAUAUGGAGGUGUUGAUGAGAAGUUGGUGAUAUUGAAAAAUGUGUGGUUAGAUAUUCAAUGCUGUGUUAGUAUGGUUCAGUCUGACAUUGAUCGUUUGAAAGUGUUUUCCCAGAUCAUUAAGGACCACAAGGAUAUGCUUUUGGCUGAUAAGGGUGGCUGUUCUUCUACUGUUGAUAAGAGGUCAGUCAUCGAGUCAAUAUGUGGUUCUUCAGUCCCUUCCGAAGUUUCCAUUCUUCCACCAAACAAAGCGAAGAACAAGGGUAGUGGUAGGCGCAUUAAAGGUUGCAAGGAGAUUGCCAUUGAACAAGUAAGAAGGAGAGGACUUGCAAGACUUGCAACAAACCUAAUCAUGAUAGUAGGAAUUGUGUGUUGA